AUGGAUGCUUGUUUUCUUACCUCAAGAACAAUCUCUGGUGUUAAAGAGAUUGUUCCGUUCACCAAAACCAGAAUCUUUUCUUGCCCCAAGAGAAACUCUUGCCAGUUUCUCACCAGGAAGGUUGCUGCUCCGAUCUCUAUAAAAUGUUCUCUCUCGGAUUCAUGGAAGCCACUGGAGGAUGAUACUGAUCUAUUAAAGGAUUGUGUCAACAACUCUACAGCAGAUGCUGACUGGAAAGUGUUCAGGGCAAGGCUUGUAGCUGGGGAACAAGCUGCAACCUCUGAGAAAGACUCCUCCUCUUGUUCUAACUUAAACACACUUGGAAACAAAUGGGCACACAAGAUCACCGAGCCAGAGACAGGAUGUCUCCUUGUUGCAACAGAGAAGCUAGAUGGAGUCCAUAUUUUCGAAAAGACGGUGGUUCUCAUCCUCUCUGUUGGACCCUCAGGUCCUAUAGGAGUCAUCCUGAACCGUCCAUCGCUUAUGUCAAUCAAGGAGACCAAGUCAAACGUGGCGGGAACGUUUUCAGACAAGAGACUCUUCUUUGGUGGACCAUUGGAAGAAGGGUUGUUCCUGGUGAAUCCAAGGGACGGAGGAGACAACGAGGUUGAGAAGAGUGGAGUGUUCAGACAAGUGAUGAAAGGACUGUACUAUGGAACGAGAGAGAGUGUAGGGUUGGCUGAAGAGAUGGUGAAGAGGAAGUUGGUGGGAAGAAGUGAGCUAAGAUAUUUUUAUGGGUGUUGUGGUUGGGAAAAAGAGCAGUUGAAAGCAGAUAUUUUGAGAGGGCAUUGGACAGUAGCUGCUUGUAGCUCAAGUGUUGUUGAGCUUGGUUCAGGUGACCAAAGUCAUGUUCUCUGGGAUGAGGUUCUUGGUCUUAUUGGUCCUCAAAUUAGAUCUGUUAUCUAAACUUUUGUUUUAUGUAGCAUAAGUUACUUCUGAACAACUUAAUAUAGAGAAUGGAUUAACCAACCAAUUUUCCAAAAAAUCCAUUUAAGCAUCGUCUAGUUAUAAGCAAAACGAUUUUUUCUUAUGACUAUGAGUAUGUUUCUACUUUCUCCUUUAGUUGUCUGUAUAGUCUGUCUUGGUUAAAACAUGUUCCAACAAGAAACAUAAGUUGACAAAAAAGAAAAGAAGAAGGUGUUUAUGUUGCAUAGGAUGAGU